AUGCAGCUAUUGGCAUUUGAACCCAUGUGCAUGAAUCUGUGCGUAUUCUCGGCCAUCUUGCUCGGCAUCCUAUAUCUCUUCUUUGGUGCCUUUGAACUAGUCUUCUCCCAUGUCUAUGGCUUCAAUCUCUGGCAAAUCGGCAGUUCGUUUUUGGGGAUCCUUGUCGGAAUGAUGUCAGCAAUCCUGACGGAUCCCCUGUGGCGUAGGAACUAUGCCCGUCUCGAACGCAAACAUCAAGACACCGUUGGGGAGAAAAACGAAUUCAGGCCAGAAUGGCGACUUCCUCCUGGUCCACUGGGUGGUGCCCAUUAUUGGAAGCGCGGUGUUCGGAGCAGGGUAUGA